UAUACGACUGAAGGGUAAUCUGGAACAGCUUAGGAUAACAAACGAUAAGAACACUACCAUGUAAUAUGGUCUUUGAUCUUGGAGUUAUCGCCACCUGAUUACAAAGUACAGUGCAUGUGCAUGCGUAGCAGAAGGUUUAUUAUUUAUACUGUUUCUCCCAACUGAAAUCAGCUCAAGAAAAAUGGGAAGUGGGGAUCAGAACAUGGCUCAUAUGAAACAUGUGAACAACCUAGUGAAGUUAAGGAGUCUCUUUAAAAAUCUGAAAUAUGUUCCUGAGCCUAUUCAGGGAUAUGUCGUCCCAUCUGAUGAUGCCCAUCAGAGUGAAUACCUUGCAGAAUGUGAUAAAAGAAGAGCAUUUAUAUCAGGGUUUACUGGAUCUGCUGGGACUGCUGUUAUUACAGAAACACAGGCUUGUUUGUGGACAGAUGGACGUUAUUUUCUCCAAGCGACAAAGCAAAUGGAUGAUAACUGGACACUUAUGAAGGAAGGAAUACCAACAACACCAACACAAGGGGCAUGGCUGUCAAAGGCACUGCCAGCAGGAUCUCGUGUGGGAGUUGAUCCCAAACUUAUAUCAUACAGUGCAUGGAAACCACUUCAGACGCAGCUAGAGGCAGCAGGUCACAGCCUUGUGCCUGUUGCCACCAAUUUGAUUGAUCUCAUCUGGGACGACCGACCAGCUCCACCUAAAGGCACUGUGGAACCUUUACCACUUGUGUACACAGGGAAGACAUCAAAAACAAAGGUGGAGGAAGUGCGAACAAUGCUAGCAGAGAAAGGUGCUACGUUAUUAGUUGUGACAGCCCUAGAUGAAGUAGCAUGGCUGUUAAAUCUUCGUGGCUCAGAUAUUGCAUAUAAUCCAGUGUUCUUCUCGUAUGCUCUUGUCACGAUGCACAGUGUGCACCUCUUCAUGGAUGAAUGUAAGCUGACACCAUCUGUGCGGCAACAUUUUAACCAGGAAGAUCUGUGCAUCACGAUCCACCCAUAUGAAAAAAUACAGGAUGUACUUACUGAGCAGAUUUCAGAGCAGGAGGGAAAGGUCUGGAUAAGUGCUGGUGCAAGUUAUGCUCUCACAUCUCUUAUUCCUGAUAAGAAACGUGUAUCAGAAGCAACACCUAUUGCACUCAUGAAAGCUAUCAAGAAUAAUGUUGAAAUCCAAGGUAUGAUUAAUGCUCACAUAAGGGAUGCUGCAGCACUUUGUUGCUAUUUUGCAUGGCUGGAGAAAGAGGUAGUGAAGGGCACAGUAUCUGAAGUGUCUGGAGCUAGCAGACUUGAAGAAUUUAGAAGGGAACAAGAGAAUUUUGUUGGCCCAAGUUUUGAAACAAUUUCAUCGUCUGGUCCAAAUGGAGCCAUUAUUCACUACACACCUUCACCAGAAAGCGACAGACUCUUAACUGUUGAUGAACUGUACCUGUGUGAUUCUGGUGGACAGUACAAGGACGGUACUACUGAUGUUACUAGAACAAUUCAUUUUGGAACCCCUACUCAGUUUGAAAAGGAAUGUUUUACUCGUGUUUUCAAGGGACAGUUUUUCAUGGGGACAAGUGUGUUCCCAACUAAAAUAAAGGGAAACUGCUUGGAUACAUUAGCGAGAAAAUAUCUGUGGGAUGUUGGAUUAGACUAUUUGCAUGGAACAGGUCACGGUAUUGGGUCAUUUCUCAAUGUUCAUGAGGGACCUAUGGGCAUCUCUUGGCGAAUUUAUCCUGAAGAUCCAGGCUUGCAAGAGGGAAUGUUUCUAUCGAAUGAACCAGGUUUCUAUGAAGAUGGAAAAUUUGGAAUUCGCUUGGAGAAUAUUUGCAGAAUAGUUCCAGCAAAUGUGCCAUAUAAAUUUAAAGAUCACAAAUUCCUCACAUUUGAAACAGUAACUUUAGUCCCAAUACAGACGAAAAUGCUAGUACGUGAAAUGCUGACUGAUAAAGAGGUGGCCUACCUAAAUGACUACCAUAAGCAGUGUCGUGAAAAGGUUGGUCCCCUGUUGAAGAAGAUGGGUCACCACGAAGCAUGGGAAUGGCUUUGUCGUGAAACAGAACCAAUUGUUUGAUUGCUACAAAUUUUGUCUUCCAUUUCAAUUAAUUUUGUCUUGAGCCAAAGGGUUACAGUUCAGAUAUGGUGGCAUAUCUCAUUUGGUUGUAUUGCUGUCUAGAAGUAUUACGCAUUUAUAAAUGUUAAAAUGUGUGAUCAUUUCUCUUGCAUUUAUAUUAACGAAAAGUAUGUUUGGUAUAAUUUUACUGGCAAAGGCAAUUUCAAACUGUGUUUUAUUCAUACAUUAUUUAACUAUGGAAAUCCCAAAGAACUUAAAAUGUAAUAUAUGCCAUUCAUAUUCUUUUUACAGCUCGUAUUUGGGUAUAUUCUUGUAAUUUUUAAUAAGAGUGUUCUUUUUAAAAAUGAUACAUAUCAUAUUUUCAGCAAAAAUAAAUGAUUUGACUGUGCCAUAUAUUGAGUAAAGUUAUAUGAUGAAUGGAUAUUGAGUCUUUAACUGUGAUUAUGAUGGGUGCAGAAACAAAAUUAAUGUGCAUUUUGAAACGGUAACAGACUGAUUACUGGUACAUAGUUUGCAAUUUUGUACUUAACAAUUAACACACAAAAACAAUUGUACAUAUCAGUAAAAUUUUAGAAGUUGUUUUACAUGUAGAGUCUGUACCAUAUUAUAUUCUUUCAUAAUAAAUAUUUCAGUUUACAAAAUAUA